GUAUGGAAAGCAACAGCACUGGGCAACUAAUAGCCACCUGGAAAGCUCAGCAGCAAGCCCCUGGGGUCACCAGCCUAUGGUGGAAGCAUAACAGCACUUGUGGAUCCACAGAUGUCGCUGAUCGCUAGACUUGAAGCAGUGGGAUUUCCGGCGCCUCUAGACCUGGAACAGUGGACACGGACUCCCUCAUUGCUGCUCCGGUCCGCAUCCGUCGGUCACAAUGGCGGGACUUGGCCUCUUUGUCCGCGAGGAAGUCAGUCGCGCGUGCAGAAAGUGGUUGGUUGGCGAUGGAGGCAGACGAACUGAGGGGUCAUGUCCAUUUCCGUCCCGGUGGCGCCGCGUCGUGCCUUCUCGCCCGUGGCUCGUCCGCCUUAUUUCUUUGUUGUCGCUCGCAACCGUGCAGCGAGGUGGAAAGUCAUCUGUUCAACCUGUGGCUUCAUAGCUAUAUCUGCAUCGCCAAUUACCGAGAUAAAUGUGUCGGACUCAUGGGCGGACACGGAGAAGUUCGGAGGGUCGGAUAUCAUCACGCUGGACAGCUAAAAGUUGCACCGCGCCUCCGUGCCAUUUGCGGAGAGUGGAAUACAAAGUUCAGGACAUCGACCUAGUCCAGGUGCCCCUGUCUUGGAUGCAUCCUCGUCUACUAUGUUGCGGAGGCCCUAUUAGCUGUAUCAUGUGGCUGUGUGGAAGUUUAUUUUGUAUCGGUGUAUCUAUCUCCUAACAUGAACAUUUAUGUACCGUCCAGAUUAUAGAGUUUUCCCCU